GACCUUGAAAGAUUUUUGAGUAGUCGAUUUUUGUAUUACUCAACUUGAUACUUUCUAAACGAAUACCGAGUGUCAUCGAUUCAAAAUCGAACACCCUUUCAUUCAUUCAGAUUCUCGACAAUAUUAUCUCCACUGCUGUCAUUAUAUUAUUGUAUUGUAUUCUUAUUGGAACGAAGUGUUUAUUUAUAAUGCGCGUUCUGACUACGAUAAUAAAUAAAUGAGAUAUCUUUAUUAACAAACCAUAGUUCAAUUCUAUAACAAUAUUUUGCUGGUAAACGAUCAAUGCAAUCUAUGUAAAAUCCACUGUACAAGAUAACUAAUAUAAUUAUUAUAGAUUCAAACUUGAAAGUGCGAGGCUCGUUCGCCCCCUUCCUAAAAAAAAGUACUGUACAGUGUACAAAUAAAAAAAAAUAGUAACUUAUUUAUGCUUAUAUUAAGUCAAAAUGAAUUGUUGUAUCGAAAGGUGUGGUAAUAAUUUAAAAAAGAAAUCUGAGUGUCCAUGGCUCUCAUUUCACAUGUUCCCAAAAGACAUUGUUCUUCGUGGAUAUUGGAUAAAUGCAAUUGGUAAGGUAGACCUACAAUCAAAGACGAAAACAUUCAUAUGCAGUGCUCACUUCAAGGAUGAAGAUUUCAAAGUAAACAAGCAGAAUCUUAAUAGGAGGCUGAAACCUGGAGCCAUUCCAGUGAUAGACCCAGUGUUUAAAAAGGACAUUUUAACAAAAUUGCGGGUUUGCAGAAUAUGCCUAUCUAUUGAUAGAAGAAUGCAUCCGAUAAUAGGUACGAAGCUUGAAGAGAUGUAUAUCAACACGACGGGUCGACCAGUUUCAGACGAUGAAGAUAGAUUACCAGCCCAGUUAUGUUGGGAGUGUGCGGCGAAAAUAACCGCUGCGUCCAAGUUAAAAGAACAAGCGAUCCUAACAGAUAAAAUGUUGAGGGAUUAUAUACAAGAAAAUGGUUUCAUAAAAUAUAGUGAUGUACUUCAGAUGUCUGAAAAUUCUAAUCUGAAAUCGAGAUUCACAAUCGAUCUAUGUAAAAGUGUUGAAGGAGUAGACAGUGUUGUAAGUUCAAAUAAAUCAGAUCGUAAAAAUGAAAUAAGACCUCCAAAGAGGGAAUUAAAGACCGUACAAAAAUUUGAUGAAGUUACCGUCACAGUUGAGAAAAUAGAUGAAACGGGUACAACACUACCCUUCGAAAGCUAUGACCCUAAAGAUAUCAAAAUCGAAAUCGAUACGAUAGAUAAUGACAUCACUGAUAACACAGAUGAUGUGAUAGAACAGAGUAUGAAUGUUGAAAACGAGAAUGAUGACUUGAAAAGUGAAAUCGAUGUAGUAAAGGACAACACUAGUAAUAGUGAUGGGAAAGUCAAUAAAAGCGACGAUAUGAAGGUCCCGUUCGUAGAUGUAGAAAUAGGCGAUGAUUCCUCUGAGGCUUUAGAAAGUCAUGAAAUAUUUGAAAAAGUUGAAGAUGACAAACCAAAAGUCAAAGUAAUAACUCCAAAAAAUAAGAAAAAGAAUCUCCCAACUAAACCGAUAGAUGAGAAACUGUAUACAAUAAGACACCUGUCUGAGGAGGAGGAGAUCCAGGCAGUUGUGAACAGGCAGUACAGCGAGAGGUAUCUCAAGUCACCCUACCAGUGUACGCAGUGCUAUAAGGGGUUCCCCAGCGAGGAGUCUUAUGAGAGACAUGCCACGAAACAUAGUGAGAAAAUGGGUCCCUAUGUAUGCAACAUCUGUAAGAUCCGAUCGGCAACCAAAGUGAAGGCGUACAAACAUAAAGUCGGACAGCAUAUAGUAGAGAUUUCUUGUAAACAGUGUCCGUUCGUCACUAGAUCGAGAAAUCGCGUCAACGGUCAUACGAAAUUCCAUGCAGGGAACAAGUAUAAAUGUCAACUUUGUGAUCAAGAAUUCAGUAAACUAACGACAUAUUACAAUCAUUUACGUUUGCGACAUCGCUCACACUACGUGUGUGACCUAUGCGGCUAUACCUUCGUCAAUUCACAAGGAGUGAUCACACAUAAGAAAGUAGCACAUCGGUUCAACAAAGAUCUGGUGAUGGAGGGUCCGUACUGCGAAGUGUGCGAGGUUCGGUUCCUGUCCGAACAGGCGUACGACACUCACCUCAACCUGUCCUCCAAACAUGUCGCCGAGGACAACCCUACCCGUAUGAGCAACGAUCGCAGUAAAUGUCGGAAGUUAGAAAAUUUGACUUGGAAUCCUAUACGUCGAGAAGCAAUACGCCGGCGAGACAGGAACACCGGUCCUCAGAACACGAGCGUGUCCUGUGAACAGUGCGGUGAAGACCUGCCCACGUUCAGUGCGUACGUGUGGCACUUCAAGUCGUCCCACCCGGGCAAGCGCAGAACCAAACACAUGUCUGUGGCCUCGCCCUACCUGUGCGAGCAGUGCGGGAUCACGUUUGCGGACUACACAUCCCUCUCAAGCCACAUGUGGGUGCACACCGGUAAGAAGCAAUACCAGUGCGAUCACUGCGACAAAUCCUUUAGCGUGAAGGGCAACCUCUCCGGACAUAUGCGAUUGCACGACAAGUCGCGUCGACUGUACGACUGUCGCAUAUGCGGGAAACAGUACACGUCGUUGUGUAAUAUGAAGAGGCAUAUGUUUCUGCACACGGGCCUGAAGCCGUUCCGCUGCUCGGCGUGCGACAAGUGCUUCGUGACGGCGGGCGAGCUGAAGGCGCACGUCGACUUCGUGCAUCUGAAGAAGCCCAGGCCCAAGCGGCUGCGGGCCAGGAACAGGAAGCCCGACGCCCAGGCCGGAUAUUAAUCAAUACAUAUUACAAUAAAUACUAUUUAUUGAAGAA